AUUGGUUUUAAUCAGCCACCGAGUCAUCGUGACUGUAACUUAAACGGCGUUUACUGCUUCAAGAUAAAAUACGCUUUGCCCAAAAAACGUUAUUAGUUCGUAAUCCGUUUUUGCUCUCCCUUUUGAGAUCUUUUAAUUAAAAAAAUUCCGUUUUAAGUGAAUGCGUGUAAGCAACAGUUCGAAUUCGAAGCGAGAGCUAAAAUCAAAAUCUCUCUGAUUUGUUGUUUUGUUGAUGUAAGUUUCUUUGAUCCUUUCGCGAAAUUUGUCAUCUUCCCCGAUCGAGUUUUACUUUUUCUUUGUGAAUAGUUUGACUUUUCGUUUUUCUUCUUCUUCAAUCUCGCAUGGUGUUUGUGCGUAUCUUGUUUGGAAUUGGAGUUUGUAACUAUUUGAUUAUAAGCAAGUUUUGAUUCGAAUGCAUGCGUGCAAUCCACAAUCCAGAACUAGAUGUAUAUGUAUCUCUAUGUCAAGAGUGAUUAAAAUCGAUUCGUGUGGAAUUAACUUGGAAGUGAAAGUUUUAAUAUUGUUUCCGGAAUUUACGGUUUUAUGAAGUGAUUUGCAUUAGAUUGGAUUGAAAUGGCUACGGAGCCUACAAGGAGCUGGUUCCAGAUACGGCAGCAGAAACCGGAUAAAUCAAGCCCUACUAAAAAGGGACAAGAGGGAAAUGUGAAGAAUCUUGGGAGACCUCCUAUGAAUGAUGCACCAUCUAAUGCUACUAAACAGAAAGUUGCUGCAGCGAAGCAAUAUAUCGAGAAUCAUUAUAAAAUUCAGAAGAAGAGUCUCCAGGAAAGAAAAGAGCGUCGGAGCAUCUUGGAACAAAACCUAGCUGAUGCUGAUGUUACUGUUGAAGACAAGAUGGAUAUAUUAAAGAACUUUGAGAAAAAGGAAAUGGAGUAUAUGCGUCUACAAAGACAGAAAAUGGGGGUUGAUGACUUUGAACUGCUUAGCAUCAUUGGCCGGGGUGCUUUCGGUGAGGUGAGAAUUUGUAAAGAAAAAUCUACUGGAAGCGUAUAUGCAAUGAAAAAGUUAAAGAAAUCCGAGAUGCUUCGACGAGGGCAGGUGGAACAUGUUAAAGCUGAAAGAAAUGUGCUUGCAGAAGUGGAUAGCCCUUUCAUUGUCAAGCUUUGUUACUCUUUCCAAGAUGAUGAGCAUUUGUAUCUUAUUAUGGAAUACCUCCCUGGAGGUGAUAUGAUGACACUGCUGAUGCGAAAGGAUACCUUACGGGAAGAUGAGACUCGGUUUUAUGUUGCGCAGACAAUUCUGGCUAUUGAGUCUAUCCAUAAGCAUAAUUACGUCCACAGGGAUAUAAAGCCUGAUAAUUUAUUGAUUACUCGAAACGGCCAUAUCAAGCUUUCAGAUUUUGGAUUGAGCAAGUCUCUGGAAAGCAAAAAUUUUCCAGAUUUUAAGGCGGAGCUUGUUGACAGGAGUACAAAGCCUGCAGCAGAACAUGAUAGACUCUCCAAGCCUCCUUCUGCACCUAGGAGAACUCAGCAGGAACAGCUUUUACAUUGGCAACAAAACAGAAGGACCCUGGCUUUUUCUACAGUAGGAACUCCCGAUUACAUUGCCCCUGAGGUGCUGCUGAAGAAAGGGUAUGGAAUGGAGUGUGAUUGGUGGUCUCUUGGAGCAAUCAUGUUCGAGAUGCUUGUAGGGUUUCCGCCAUUCUAUUCCGAAGAACCUUUGGCAACAUGUAGAAAGAUUGUAAACUGGAAAACCUGCUUGAAGUUCCCUGAUGAAGCUAAGCUCUCCAUCGAGGUAAAAGAUCUUAUCCGAAGACUGCUCUGCAAUGUCGAACAGAGGCUUGGGACCAAAGGAGUUCACGAAAUCAAAGCACACCCUUGGUUUAGGGGAGUCGAAUGGGAACGGCUAUAUGAGUCAAAUGCUCCAUAUAUACCACAAGUGAAGCAUGAGCUUGAUACCCAAAACUUUGAAAAGUUUGAUGAGGUACCAUCUACUUGCCAAACUUCUUCAAAGUCUAGCCCUUGGAGAAAGAUGAUCUCAUCCAAAGAUGCAAAUUUCCUUGGUUAUACAUUCAAGAAUCUGGAGAUAGUUGAUGAACACCAUAUCCCUGGCAUGGCGGAACUGAAGCGGAAGAGUAAGACAGCAAAUAAACCAUCUCUCAAAACACUCUUCGAAACACCAUAUCCUCCUUCUGAGAAUCAAGCCUUAAAGGAUUUGCUUGAUUCACCUAUUUACUCUGAAGGCUCUAGAGGGUCUUCCGGAUCACCAUUUUCACGACCGAAUCAAUCACAGGCCCGGAGAUGAUCAAAAGGGAAAAUCUAAAAGUGAUUAAGAACAAACAAAGUAAAAGUAAAAAAAAAGGUAGUCAUUGUUCUUCAGUUGCAAAUUUUCAUCUUUUCAUACAUAUAUACUCUGUAAUGUAAAAAAAAAAACAGUGAACAUCCGAAAGAGAAUCAAAACCAAAAUGCAUAUAGGAAACUUUAUAGGUAUACAAACAUAUUCCAAUGUUUCUGUGAUCCCCAAUUAUCUAACCUUGUAAGCUCUUUUAUUUUUAUUUUUGCUUAUAAAUAUUUACAUACAUAAACAUUUUGUACAUAAUGGCUUUGGAAUUGGACUUGCCUUGAUUGGUAACAACAUGUUGAGUUUAAAUCGAAUAAUCCAGCUGAGAUUGGAGCUUU